AUGCCUUUCCCGCUGAAGAAUAUCUUUUACACGCCGCAGAGGCUCAAAGUUGAACAGCAUGUCAAGCGUGGCUUCGGUAUGCACUCGAGUCUUGUAAAGGAAGUGAUGUAUGACGAGGACAAAGACGACAAGACGCCCUGUCUUCUUAUAGUCUUCUGGUCCUCCCGAGCCCUUUCUCUAUUCGGGGAAUUGGAGCAGACAAAGCACAACAUAGAGAAGGACUUUUGGGGCGGACUUGACCAUUUCCGUAUUGAUAUUGUAGCGCAUAUCAAUAUGGAUUCGCGGACGUGCCUCGUAAGGCGCAGUAGCAAGUAUCGCAAACCCCAUCAGAAGCCUUAA